AUGAAAUCAUACGUGCUUCUCCCGGCCCUGCUGCUCUCUCUGGGAUGCGCAGGCGUCCCACUGUACAACUCUGAGCUGCAGUCUAUGGCAGACAGGGGUCUAAGAGCAGCUUUGGCAGAGGUCAACUCAGUGUAUGCUGCCAGCCACCUUUACCGGGUGACUACAGGCUCUCUCACAAGGAUUAUUCCCUCGGGCCUGAACACCUUUGACCUGCUGAUGAUGUUUCGCAUCAAAGAGACCCAGUGUCCGAAGACUUCUGAAGACAACCCGCAGACGUGUGCCUUCAGGCCCGGCUUCUUUGUGCCCUCCUUUACCUGUUCCACCCGGGUGAGAAUGAUGGCCGGCUCAACCCAGGUGGUCUCUCUGAGAUGUGGCCAUGAUAGCAGCUCCAGCUCAGAGAGCAGUGAGGAGGUGUUCUCGAGAAGGAGAGACCAGUUCAAUGUCCCAUUUGCAAACAGAGUGCCAGCUCCAGCUGCACCUCCAGCCCAGCCUGGUGGCCCCCAGUACAACCAGUUAGCAGAAGACCAGCCCAGAGGAGACACUUUCAGCAACUACGUAGUGUGAAACUUCAGCUUCACUAUGGCUACAUUUAGGUGCUGAUCAUAUGAAAAAUGUUGAAUUAAAAUACUUUGCACAUCAUGUUUUUGUCCCCUUUAAUUCAAAU